UCCGAGUUAGAGAGACAGAACCAGGAACUGCAGCAACAGUACCAGAAUCUGAAGACGCAGCACCAGGAGUUGGCAAACCUCCGCCGGAUGGUGCAGAGCCACGAGGAUGCUACACGGGCACUCAAUUCCCGUGUACUGGACCUGGAGCAAGCUGUACCAGGACCAGAUGCUGGUGAGUCCAGCAGUGCACCCUCUAACCACCAACUGGAGCAACGCGUCGACCACGUCGUCGCAAUGCUCGGCGACAUCAGCACUUUCGCUGCGCCGACCACCAUCAACAAUCAGCUGGAUACUUUGAAGACCGAGGUCCAGCAACUGCAGUCGAUGAACACGGAUGGCAACAAUCCAAAGCAAUACAAGAUGCCAACUUUUCAACUUGAGAAGUUCGACGACUACACGCAUCAGGACCCGGUGCUCUGGUGGGAAGCUUUCACGACGCAACUUCGGAUUCUGCCUGUCGCCAAGCACGCGUACAUCGGCGCCCUGUUCAUGAACUCAAAGGGCGGAUGCCAUAUCUGGUUAACCCACCUGGCAGCCACCCACGGCGUCGACGUCGCAGAUCUGAAGGACAAGAUCUCAUGGGAAGAAUUAACACGCCUGUGGAAGAAGCGGUUCAUCGUCGACGACGCACCAGCACUUGCCAUCAACCGUCUCUUCACCAUAACUCAAGGCAACACAACAACACGGCACUGGCUCACAGAAUGGCAUAAGAUCGCGACAAUGCCCGAUCUUGACUUACCAUUUCCGCAUCUGCGCCGUGAGUUUUACAACAGGUCAUGCGCUGCAUUGAGCCAGGCACUUGGUGAUCGCGAGCAGUAUGCAACCUUCGCUGAGAUCAUUGACAAGGCGAGGGAGAUCAUCAAGACCAACAGGGCGGCUGCACAUGAGAAGUCAACGUGGCAGCCAACCUAUGUGGAGAAGGUGAGAACAAGUCCGCGACAGCAGCAGUUCGCUGCAGUCCAAUCGGACAACACUGUGGAAGACCCGACAGCCACCCAAGCGUCACGUGAGGGAGAUCAGGUGGCUGCUGUCCAGCCGCGAAGCAACAACAAACCCCGAGUGAACGGGAAGGCGAAACCAGCAUCGAAGGCCGGAAACGGACAGCCAGCACCACCAUGGGUCAAGUUCAACUUGACCGAGGCCGAGUACAAGUACCGCAACCGUUACGGCUCCUGUUACUGGUGCAACAGCACCAAGCACAAGACCUCCCUUUGCCAGGAUCAGGCCAAGGAGGAUGUGCGGCCUCCUUCGCCGCCGUCUACCGCCGGGGAUUCGACGUCAUGGUCAAGUCUUGAAGAGCUCGACCCAUUGACAUUUGCGGACUUCCAAUGGAUGCCCCUUCCCCAGUCCGGUCGAUUACCGAAACCGCAUUGCAACGUGCUCAAGGCACAAUUUCGGGAUUACUUGCACACUGCAGUACCGACUCCGUUGAUGGACGCCGGAGUAGAGGUUGUCGACCUUUACGCCUACAUUGCGAAGAUCGACCGCGAAUUCAAAACGCAACAGUACGACGACAUCGACGCACCAUUGCUUUAUGUACGCAUUCAGAUCAGAGAGGCAACCUGCAGCGCUUUGAUCGAGUGCGGAACAUCUCGCAACUACACGAGUCAUGACUUCAUGCUGGUUAUGCCAUUUGGCCUUACGAAUGCCCCGACCACUUUCCACGCGGUUAUGACAACGGAGUUCCGACACAUGCUGGAUCGAUACGUACUUAUCUACCUCGACGACAUCCUGGUGUACAGCCGGAGUUUGGACGAGCAUGUGGAACACCUGCGCACCGUUUUGGAGUGGCUACGACAAGCCAAGUACAAAGCCAACUGCGACAAGUGUGAAUUCGCGCAGCAGGAGCUGGAGUACUUGGGACAUUAUGUGACGCCGCAAGGCAUCCGUCCACUUGCGGACAAGAUCGAGGCCCUACAAGUAUGGCCUGAGCCCACCAACACCACGGACGUUCGUUCAUUCAUGGGAUUGGCGGGCUACUAUCAGCGAUUCAUCACCGGAUACUCGAGGAUUGCUGCACCUAUGACGAGAUUACAAUCGCCAAAGGUGCCAUUCGUAUUCGAUGACGACGCACGCCGAUCAUUCCACGCACUUAAGACGGCUAUGCUCAUGGCACCCGUCCUUAGCAUCUAUGACCCCACCCUGCCGACGAGAGUGACUACGAACCCUUCCGGCUACGGCAUUGGGGCAGUCUUGGAACAGCACGACGGCGACGACUGGCACCCUGUGGAGUAUUCCAGCCACAAAGUGCCUCCCAUCAACUCGUUUGAUGAUGCAAGGAAGAAGGAGAUGCUCACAUUCGUGAUGGCUCUCAAGCGCUGGCGGCACUUCCUCCUUGGGCGUCGUAGGUUCACAUGGGUCACAUACAACAAUCCAUUGACCUACUACAAGACGCAGGAUACGGUGAGCAGCACGAUCGGACGAUGGAUGUACUUCAUCGACCAAUUUGACUUCACACGGAAACGUCUUCCCGGCCUCUCCAAUCGCGUAGCAGAUGCACUCUCGCGAAGACCUGAUCUUUGCGCUAUGACACAUCAUGCCUUCGCAUUCGACGAGGAGCUCCAAUGACACUUCAUCAGGGGCUAUGAGUCGGAUCCAGACUUCG